UCUCUUCCAUUCCAUCUUUAUAGAAAUCUCUGAUCUGUCUUCCUCUUAAAUCUCUCUCUCUCUCUCUCUUUUUUUUUUCUAACGUUUGAGAAAGUUUCUCUCGAAAAGAAAAUGGCGGAAUCAGAAGCCCAACAACCAGCGGAAACGAAGGUCCAAGACAAUCAGAAGCAGCUGAAGUAUCUUGAUUUCGUUCAAUUCGCGGCGAUUUACAUCGUCGUUUGCUUCUCAAGCCUGUACGACUAUGCCAAAGAGAACUCAGGUCCGUUGAAACCCGGCGUCCAGACCGUUGAAGGCACCGUUAAAACCGUCAUCGGACCGGUUUACGAGAAGUUUCACGACGUCCCCUUCGAGCUUCUCAAGUUCGUCGAUCGCAAGGUGGACGAGUCGAUAAACGAGUUGGAUCGUCACGUGCCCUCUUUGGUGAAACAAGCUUCAUCCAAAGCCUUGUUGGUGGCUCAGAAGGCUCCAGAUGUGGUUCGAGCCGUAGCCUCGGAAAUACAGAGCGCCGGGGUUGUAGAAGCGGCCAAGAAUUUGUACACAAAAUAUGAGCCGACUGCCAAAGAGCUCUACUCGAAGUAUGAGCCGGUGGCUGAGCAUUACGCAGUGUCCACUUGGCGCUCGUUGAAUCGGCUUCCAUUGUUCCCUCAAGUGGCUCAUGUCGUCGUUCCAACGGCUGCGUACUGGACAGAGAAGUACAAUCAAUCCGUGACUUAUACGGCGAAGAGAGGCUACACGGUGUCGUAUUAUCUGCCGUUAGUGCCCAUUGAGAGGAUCGCCAAGGCCUUUGAGGGUGCUGAAAAUGGGCACAGUGUUUCGACCAAUGGGGAAGCUGCUGUCAAGGCAAAGUGAAGAGCCGUCUGGUUCUGUAAUGGUAAGAAAGUAAUGGUGAUGGCUGUGCCAAAAAGAGAUAAUUGGUUAUAUCAUCGUUUUUAUAAGGUUUGAUGGGGGUUUAGUAUGUGUCGUGUAGUAAGGUAGUUAAGACAUUUCUACAAUGUUAUUCCUUUCCUUGUUUGUUGCUUCUGCUCGUCGGACUUCCUUCACAGUUCUAA